CGGACAGAGACUGACCUGUGUAAGAAAGAGGUUGAAACGACGAGUGGCCCGGGCACUGGUGCACGUAAGGGCUCGGUGCCUCUACACGUGGGUCAGUCCCCGUCACAGUUGGGCCAGUCGCCUGAACAUGUAGGCCAGUCGCCUGUACAAGUGGAUACGUCGUCUCCAUUGGUGGGUCAGUCCUCAGCAAGUCCACCCGUUAAGAACAGCCCUGUCGUCGUCAGGUCCAAGCCUCAAGUGUCCAGUGAUGAUUUCAUCGUGGAGAUACGGGAAACUGGGGCACAGGGGAAACAGAUCAAGGUGACCAGUCGACCUCCUAGGAAGUACGCCAGUCAGUUGUUAGUAUGA